CGAAGGUUUGGCAACCGCGAUGCGUGUGAAGAGAGACGGCUAGGGUGUGGAGUAGCACCACUGAAGUGCACCAGUCGUUCGUAUCAUUUUCCGAAUUCUUUACUGUGGCUCUGGUGAAUGACGAUUAUAGCAUGCAAUGACUUUGCACCAGUGGAUACAUCCGCUUUAGUUUAUUUGCUUGCUUUAUUAAUUUGUCCGCUUUAAAUGAAUGGCAUGUGCAUUUUGCGAGGCUACUUGAUGUGCCAUCGGGAGUGAGUGGUUUUGGCAAUAUGUGUCGCUGGAAUAUGGUAUGCACUCGCAGGGCUUAUGGAAUAUAGCCUGGUUUGUCACAAUCUGUAUGCGUUCUCAUUCAGCCCGGUGAAAAAUAAACUCUUUCUGCUCGGCAUCAUGUUUUUACUCUGGGUAUAUAUGCUCUACUCCUGCGUGGGCUACUGUGCCACCAUGCCAAGUUUGGUCGUGGACAAUUACCGGGGAAAGGAGACAGGGUCUGUGGUCGGUAAAAGGAUAGAGAAUAACGGCAGAGUGGACCUCAUGUCCAGACUGCUCCCUAGACCCCAACCCUGGGUGGAUAUAGAAUCCGAUUACGACGAACCCUCUGUCCGGACCUCCUCCAGAGACUUGCUCAAUAACGAUAUAGACGCGUACAGAGGAGCGGAGGACUGGGACGAGAUGAGGGGCGAGGGGCAGAGAGCUCCUGAGCCCGGUGCGAUGUCAAGUUUCUCCAACGGAUCAGGGAGCAAGAAGCUUCCCCAGGCGAUCAUCAUCGGUGUAAAGAAAGGAGGGACGCGCGCGCUGCUCGAGUUCCUCCGCGUGCAUCCAGACAUCCGAGCUGUGGGAGCCGAACCGCACUUCUUCGACCGCAACUACGAGAAUGGACUGGAGUGGUACAGGGAGCUGAUGCCCAAGACCCUGGAGGGCCAGAUCACCAUGGAGAAGACCCCCAGCUACUUUGUGACCAGAGAGGCCCCGGCCCGGAUCUCCGCCAUGUCCCGGGACACCAAGCUUAUUGUGGUGGUGCGGGACCCCGUCACCAGGGCCAUCUCUGACUACACACAGACGCUGUCUAAGAACCCUGAUAUUCCCACCUUUGAGAGCCUGACCUUCAAAAACAGGACUACGGGGCUCAUCGACACAUCCUGGAGCGCCAUCCAGAUCGGCAUCUAUGCCAAGCACCUGGACAACUGGCUGCAGUACUUCCCCAUGGGUCAGAUCCUGUUUGUGAGCGGAGAGCGUCUGAUCAGCGACCCGGCCGGAGAGCUGGGCCGGGUGCAGGACUUCCUGGGACUCAAGAGGAUCAUCACAGACAAACACUUCUACUUCAACCAGACCAAGGGCUUCCCCUGCCUCAAGAAGGCUGAGGGCAGCAGCAAGCCCCACUGCCUGGGCAAAACCAAAGGGCGGACCCACCCCAACAUCCACCCUGAGGUGGUGCAGAGGCUACGGGACUUCUACAGACCUUUCAACAUGAAGUUCUACCAGAUGACAGGACAUAACUUUGGUUGGGAUUGAUGGAUGUGAAUUUGGGAAGACACCUGUUUUUUUUUCUCUCUCUGUAAUUCAAUGAAUGGCAAAAAAAAGACAUGCGAGAUAUUGCUAUAUAUAUAUGUAAAAUGUACAGAAAUCUAUUUUAUAAUAAUUUAUUUUUAUUUCUAAGCAAUUAAUUCACUAAGCUGCCUAACCAUAUUGUACAUACAUAGCAUCUGGCCCACAUUUAUUUCCUAGUUUUUUUAUUUUUACAUUCCACAUUUUAUUUUGUUUCUUUAUUCUUCCCUUAAUGGUCCCUCAUGUCAACUCAGCAGAGUUAAAAUGGUCCCUCAUGUCAACUCAGUAGAGUUAAAAUGGUCCCUCAUGUCAACUCAGCAGAGUUAAAAUGGUCCCUCAUGUCAACUCAGCAGAGUUAAAAUGGUCCCUCAUGUCAACUCAGCAGAGUUAAAAUGGUCCCUCAUGUCAACUCAGCAGAGUUAAAAUGGUCCCUCAUGUCAACUCAGCAGAGUUAAAAUGGU